AUGGCCGCUGAAUCUAAGCAAAACCGUGGUCGCGGCCAAGGUGGCCAACCCCGCAGCGUGCAAAUCUCUAAAGCAUUGAGUCGGCUACUACGACAUGCUGCAGAGAAAGAAGGGUUGAAAAUGAAUACUGAGGGCUACGCCAAUGUGGCGGACGUCCUUCAAUGGCAGAGACUCAGAUCGAUAAAAUGUACAUUUGACGAGAUCAAACAUGCAGUUGCUUUGUCUGACAAGAAACGUUUCGGUCUUCUCUAUAUCUCCACAGUCGAUGAAUCCAUGCCCGUGGAACCAACCCCAACCGAUUAUCAGGGUAGCGUGACGCAGCAUGCUUUAUCCGUGCAGGAUGCCGAGCCAUCCCAUUUCCUCAUCCGUGCGACCCAAGGACACAGCAUUAAGACCGUGGAGGCCGCAUCCCUCCUAGAACCACUUUCCUUAAAUGACGAAUCCAAGCUCCCAGAUACAGUCGUACAUGGUACAUUCCACGGUGCCUGGGAAAGUAUUUUGAAAUCAGGCGGAUUGAAAUCCAUGAGCCGAAACCACGUCCACUUCGCUACAGGGCCAUCUCUUGAGGCUGCUCUUGCGGCUCAGCAAGAACAACACUCAAAUACUAAGUCAGUAGCAGAUAAAACAGUCAUAUCUGGUAUGCGAUGGGAUGCUCAGGUGUUGAUUUACAUUGACAUUCGAAAGGCCUUGGCCGCUGGGUGCCCGUUCUGGCGCAGUGAGAACGGUGUCAUUCUCAGUGAGGGACUAUCUGUUCUUGACGCUUGUGAGGAUAAAGAUGAGGCCCCUCAGAAGAUUGUUCCUGUGGACUUUUUUGAUGUCGUUGUGGAGCGUAAAUCUGGGCUGGGCAAGAUCUGGGAGCACGGAAAAGUAUUAAAGGAGCUACCAGAGACGUUGACUAAGCGAGGUAAUCCCAAAGGCAACAGAAAAUGA